CGAAGAGGAGACACUCUCCGUACAACCGCUGAGUUUGGAACCUGUUAGUAUUGCUGACAGUAAGGACAACGUAGACGACGAUGACACUGAGGCUAGGCGUGCUCUGCCAGUUGUAAGGGUAACUGUUGAUGUAGUGAUAUGGAACCAGAGGUUGUCAUCUCAGAUGAAAUUGAUGUGGCAGUAGUAGAGUCAACUGACUUCAACUUUGAAGACUUGGAAGAAGAUAAGACGGACAAAGAAACUUCUGAAUCUACUCCUGAAGAAGACGAAGACAGUCUGGACAAGCAUGAUGAAGAAGCGACUUUUGAAACUGCUUCCACAGAGAUAGUUCCUAGAAGAGUUGUUUACAGAGAGAAGAUUGUGCAAUCAGAUGAACAUGACAAUAAUUCGUUAUCAGAUCUGAAAGGCAGUGAAGUCUCUCCUGAUUACAAUAUUCAAUAUGUCGAAGAAGAAACAAUUCCACAAGGUGGUGUCGUGAGGACUAUUUCUGGGAAAGUGACCGGGAGGUUUAAACGAAUUUUCAGGAGUUCUAAAGAAGAGAAAGCACCUGAACCAGAGGAAAUAUCAACCGAAGAGGAGACACUCUCCGUACAACCGCUGAGUUUGGAACCUGUUAGUAUUACUGACAGUAAAGACAACGUAGACUACGAUGACACUGAGGCUAGGCGUGCUCUGCCAGUUGUAAGGGUAACUGUUGAUGUAGGUGAUAUGGAACCAGAGGUUGUCAUCUCAGAUGAAAUUGAUGUGGCAGUGGUAGAGUCAACUGACUUCAACUUUGAAGACUUGGAAGAAGAUGAGACGGACAAAGAAACUUCUGAAUCUACUCCUGAAGAGGACAAAGACAGUCUGGACAAGCAUGAUGAAGAAGCGACUUUUGAAACUGCUUCCACAGAGAUAGUUCCUAGAAGAGUUGUUUACAGAGAGAAGAUUGUGCAGUCAGAUGAACAUGACAAUAAUUCGUUAUCAGAUCUGAAAGGCAGUGAAGUCUCUCCUGAUUACAAUAUUCAAUAUGUCGAAGAAGAAACAAUUCCACAAGGUGGUUUCGUGAGGACUAUUUCUGGGAAAGUGGCCGGAAGGUUUAAACGAAUUUUCCGAAGUUCUAAAGAAGAGAAAGCACCUGAACCAGAGGAAAUAUCGACCGAAAAGGAAACACUCUCCGUACAACCGCUGAGUUUGGAACCUGUUAGUAUUGCUGACAGUAAAGACAACGUAGACGACGAUGACACUGAGGCUAGGCGUGCUCUGCCAGUUGUAAGGGUAACUGUUGAUGUAGGUGAUAUGGAACCAGAGGUUGUCAUCUCAGAUGAAAUUGAUGUGGCAGUAGUAGAGUCAACUGACUUCUACUUUGAAGACUUGGAAGAAGAUGAGCCAGACAAAGAAACUUCUGACUCUAUUCCUGAAGAGGACAAAGACAGUCUGGACAACUAUGAUGAAGAAGCGACUUUUGAAACUGCUUCCACAGGGAUAGUUCCUAGAAGAGUUGUUUACAGAGAGAAGAUUGUGCAGUCAGAUGAACAUGACAAUAAUUCGUUAUCAGAUCUGAAAGGCAGUGAAGUCUCUCCUGAUUACAAUAUUCAAUAUGUCGAAGAAGAAACAAUUCCACAAGGUGGUGUCGUGAGGACUAUUUCUGGGAAAGUGACCGGAAGGUUUAAACGAAUUUUCCGAAGUUCUAAAGAAGAGAAAGCACCUGAACCAGAGGAAAUAUCGACCGAAGAGGAAACACUCUCCGUACAACCGCUGAGUUUGGAACCUGUUAGUAUUACUGACAGUAAAGACAACGUAGACUACGAUGACACUGAGGCUAGGCGUGCUCUGCCAGUUGUAAGGGUAACUGUUGAUGUAGGUGAUAUGGAACCAGAGGUUGUCAUCUCAGAUGAAAUUGAUGUGGCAGUGGUAGAGUCAACUGACUUCAACUUUGAAGACUUGGAAGAAGAUGAGACGGACAAAGAAACUUCUGAAUCUACUCCUGAAGAAGACGAAGACAGUCUGGACAAGCAUGAUGAAGAAGCGACUUUUGAAACUGCUUCCACAGAGAUAGUUCCUAGAAGAGUUGUUUACAGAGAGAAGAUUGUGCAGCCAGAUGAACAUGACAAUGAUUCGUUAUCAGAUCUGAAAUGCAGUGAAGUCUCUCCUGAUUACAAUAUUCAAUAUGUCGAAGAAGAAACAAUUCCACAAGGUGGUUUCGUGAGGACUAUUUCUGGGAAAGUGACCGGAAGGUUUAAUCGAAUUUUCCGAAGGUCUAAAGAAGAGAAAGCACCUGAACCAGAGGAAAUAUUGACCGAAGAGGAAACACUCUCCGUACAACCGCUGAGUUUGGAACCUGUUAGUAUUGCUGACAGUAAAGACAACGUAGACUACGAUGACACUGAGGCUAGGCGUGCUCUGCCAGUUGUAAGGGUAACUGUUGACGUAGGUGAUAUGGAACCAGAGGUUGUCAUCUCAGAUGAAAUUGAUGUGGCACUAGUAGAGUCAACUGACUUCAAGUUUGAAGACUUGGAAGAAGAUGAGACGGACAAAGAAACUUCUGAAUCUACUUUUGAAGAAGACGAAGACAGUCUGGACAAGCAUGAUGAAGAAGCGUUUUUUGAAACUGCUUCCACAGAGAUAGUUCCUAAAAGAGUUGUUUACAGAGAGAAGAUUGUGCAGUCAGAUGAACAUGACAAUAAUUCGUUAUCAGAUCUGAAAGGCAGUGAAGUCUCUCCUGAUUACAAUAUUCAAUAUGUCGAAGAAGAAACAAUUCCACAAGGUGGUUUCGUGAGGACUAUUUCUGGGAAAGUGACUGGAAGGUUUAAAAGAAUUUUCAGAAGUUCUAAAGAAGGGAAAGCACCUGAACCAAAGGAAAUAUUGACCGAAGAGGAAACACUCUCCGUACAACCGCUGAGAUUGGAACCUGUUAGUAUUGCUGACAGUAAAGACAACGUAGACGACGAUGACACUGAGGCUAGGCGUGCUCUGCCAGUUGUAAGGGUAACUGUUGACGUAGGUGAUAUGGAACCAGAGGUUGUCAUCUCAGAUGAAAUUGAUGUGGCAGUAGUAGAGUCAACUGACUUCAACUUUGAAGACUUGGAAGAAGAUGAGACGGACAAAGAAACUUCUGAAUCUACUCCUGAAGAAGACGAAGACAGUCUGGACAAGCAUGAUGAAGAAGCGUUUUUUGAAACUGCUUCCACAGAGAUAGUUCCUAGAAGAGUUGUUUACAGAGAGAAGAUUGUGCAGUCAGAUGAAUAUGACAAUAAUUCGUUAUCAGAUCUGAAAGGCAGUGAAGUCUCUCCUGAUUACAAUAUUCAAUAUGUCGAAGAAGAAACAAUUCCACAAGGUGGUGUCGUGAGGACUAUUUCUGGGAAAGUGACCGGGAGGUUUAAACGAAUUUUCAGGAGUUCUAAAGAAGAGAAAGAACCUGAACCAGAGGAAAUAUCAACCGAAGAGGAGACACUCUCCGUACAACCGCUGAGUUUGGAACCUGUUAGUAUUGCUGACAGUAAAGACAACGUAGACGACGAUGACACUGAGGCUAGGCGUGCUCUACCAGUUGUAAGGGUAACCAUUGAUGUAGGUGAUAUGGAACCAGAGGUUGUCAUCUCAGAUGAAAUUGAUGUGGCAGUAGUAGAGUCAACUGACUUCAACUUUGAAAGAUUGGAAGAAGAUGAGACGGACAAAGAAACUUCUGACUCUACUCCUGAAGACGACAAAGACAGUCUGGACAAGCAUGAUGAAGAAGCAAGUUUUGAAACUGCUUCCACAGAGAUAGUUCCUAGAAGAGUUGUUUACAGAGAGAAGAUUGUGCAGUCAGAUGAACAUGACAAUAAUUCGUUAUCAGAUCUGAAAGGCAGUGAAGUCUCUCCUGAUUACAAUAUUCAAUAUGUCGAAGAAGAAACAAUUCCACAAGGUGGUGUCGUGAGGACUAUUUCUGGGAAAGUGACCGGGAGGUUUAAACGAAUUUUCAGGAGUUCUAAAGAAGAGAAAGAACCUGAACCAGAGGAAAUAUCAACCGAAGAGGAGACACUCUCCGUACAACCGCUGAGUUUGGAACCUGUUAGUAUUGCUGACAGUAAAGACAACGUAGACGACGAUGACACUGAGGCUAGGCGUGCUCUACCAGUUGUAAGGGUAACCAUUGAUGUAGGUGAUAUGGAACCAGAGGUUGUCAUCUCAGAUGAAAUUGAUGUGGCAGUAGUAGAGUCAACUGACUUCAACUUUGAAGACUUGGAAGAAGAUGAGACGGACAAAGAAACUUCUGAAUCUACUCCUGAAGAAGACGAGGACAGUUUGAACAAUGAACAAGUCAUUGUCUAUAGUUUUCCAACUGAUCAUGGUCUAGAGGCGAAGUCUUCUGACACCCCCCUAAAGUUUGAUUUGGAAAGCAGUGAAAUUAAAGAAGAUCCUAUAGUUCUGUUUACAGCCCCUGAUUCUUUUGACUUAAAGACGUGGUCGUUGGACGUUGAUGUCAAGGAGGAGCCUAUCAUCGAGUCCUUAGUUCCUAUUGAGUUUCUUGGGAAGAGCCAGCUGUGUGAAAUGCGUUUGUUUGGUGAACCUAGCUGCGUUUACAAGAUCCCUGUAGAUGAUGUCAGAACAGACUGUCACCACGCUUUCAAGAACGAUGAAAGUUGCAUAUCUGGCUUAGCUGCGGAAGUACCUUUUAAGCUCAAUAAGGAUGCUGAUGAGGAAAAUUUAGAGCACAGAAUAAAGGCCAAUGUAGUACCAGACUUGCAAGAGAAGAAAUCUAGAUUAGUUAUCGAACAAUUUGUUGAAACAGUUUUGAACAGAAUUAUCCGUAAUGUAUUUGUUUACGAAAUCUCGAGAAUACACCAAAAGGAUCAAAAACCGAAGGAUGCGACACAAGUAGAAGUAUUGAUAAUUACAAUGGAAGGUCAGGAACCAAAAGAUAUGACUGUCGAAGAAUAUUUAGCAAUGAUGAGGGAAGAUCAGGAAACCAAAGAUCAAACUGUUGAAGACUAUUUAGCAAUGAUGAAGAAAGUUCGGGAGCCAAAUGAUAUAACUGUUGAAGAAUAUUUGUCAAUGAUGAAGGAAGAUCAGGAGCCAAAGGAUAUGACUGUUGAAGAAUAUUUGUCAAUGAUGAAAGAAGAUCGGGAGCCAAAUGAUAUGACUGUCGAAGAAUAUUUGUCAAUGAUGAAGGAAGAUCAGGGACCAAAAGAUAUGACUGUCGAAGAAUAUUUGUCAGUGAUGAGGGAAGAUCAGGAAACCAAAGAUCAAACUGUUGAAGAAUAUUUAGCAAUGAUGAAGAAAGUUCGGGAGCCAAAUGAUAUAACUGUUGAAGAAUAUUUGUCAAUGAUGAAAGAAGAUCGGGAGCCAAAUGAUAUAACUGUUGAAGAAUAUUUGUCAAUGAUGAAAGAAGAUCAGGAGCCAAAAGAUAUGACUGUCGAAGAAUAUUUGUUAAGGAUGAAGGAAGAUCAGGAACCAAAAGAUAUGACCGUCGAAAAAUAUUUGUCAAUGAUAAAGGAAGGUCAGGAGCCAAAAGAUAUAACUGUCGAAGAAUAUUUGUUAAUGAUGAAGGAAGAUCAGGAACCAAAAGAUAUGACUGUCGAAGAAUAUUUGUCAAUGAUGAAGGAAGAUCAGGGACCAAAAGAUAUGACUGUCGAAGAAUAUUUGUCAAUGAUCAAGGAAGAUGAGGAACAAAAAGAUAUAACUGUCGAAAAAUAUUUGUCAAUGAUCAAGGAAGAUGAGGCACAAAAAGAUAUAACUGUCGAAGAAUAUUUGUCAAUGAUGAAGAAAUAUCAGGAACCAAAAGAUAUGACUGUCGAAGAAUAUUUGUCAAUGAUGAAGGAAGAUCAGGAACCAAAAGAUAUGACUGUCGAAAAAUAUUUGUCAAUGAUCAAGGAAGAUGAGGAACAAAAAGAUAUAACUGUCGAAGAAUAUUUGUCAAUGAUGAAGAAAUAUCAGGAACCAAAAGAUAUUACUGUCGAAGAAUAUUUGUCAAUGAUGAAGGAAGAUCAGGAACCAAAAGAUAUGACUGUCGAAAAAUAUUUGUCAAUGAUGAGGGAAGAUCAGGAUACCAAAGAUCAAACUGUUGAAGAAUAUUUAGCAAUGAUGAAGAAAGUUCGGGAGCCAAAAGAUGUGACUGUUGAAGAAUAUUUAGCAAUUUUGAAUAAAGAUAAGGAACCCAAAGAUAAGACUGUCGAAGAAUAUUUAGAAAUGAUGAAAGAAGACGAGGAACUGAAAGACAUGCCAAUAGAGGAGUAUUUGAAAAUGAUAGAAAUGAGAAGAAAAAUUAAAGAUAAUGAAAUUUUGAGCCAAAUGAAAACUCGGAAAUUGGAACUAUUUACCUCAACAUUCGAGUUUACUCGAAAAACGCCUUCCAGGUUGAAUCCUUUCAAAUUUUUCUCCGUAUGUUACAUUCAUGAUCGUCCAGUUGAUCCAGAAUGUAAGUCUAUGCAAAAAGGAGAAAAAUCACAAAUAGACAUAGAAAUUUUAGGGCGAUAUGUUGCAGUUGAGGAGAGGACAGUGACGCUAGAAUUCGAAACCAUGGCAAGUUUACAGGCAUUCGUUAGCACAGAUAAAGAUAUUUUGGUGAAUGGCAUACAUGUGCAAGAAGCAGGCAUGGAAUAUGUUUUGCCUGUAACAGAGCUGGAGUCUCAUAUAUCAAAAUAUGAUGAUACUGUUCCAGAGUUUGAUCAGAUUGCUUUGGAGAAUCUGGUUCCUGAGAUUGUAAUCUUUGAAGAAAAUUUUCCUUCGUAUAAAGAUACUGCUAUUGAGAAUAGUGUACAUCGUUCAAAGCAAGAAGAAGAUAUGAUACAAGAUAAUUGGAUGAACGAUAAAAAAGAAUUAGACUUAGAUAACUGUUUAGCUGACAAAGUCUACUUUUCUGCAAAGACACACCCAACGAGACAUUGCACCGAGGUUUUGCUUUUUAAAAGAUCAUUGAGGACACUGCCAUGGGUUUUGACUUUACGGUUCUUCGAAUCGCCUGCUGCUGUCUCUAGUUUCGAGCCGAAAGCCGAGAACAGGAUGGAUGCAAGUGAAAUAGACAUUAAAUCGAAUUAUGAAACAGCCAUGCUAUCUCUUCCGUGUCAGUUAAGGCUCGUUCAAGACAAAACUGUGUCUGUUAUAUAUCAGACAGUGACUAGUAAGUAUUCACUUGAAUCGUCCAGAAGCAUGCCUGCUUUUUAUCAAGAAGUUGAUAUUAAGGUGAAACGUCAGGUACAUGGAAGGGUUUCAGAAAGAGCGAGAGCUGAAGGAGAUAGGAAAGUGUCAAGACCAGAAAAAGAUAAGAGGCAAACUGAAGCAAAGGCGUUGAAAAUACCACCAGUAUUCAAGAAGACAGAUGGAGGUGAUGAUAGAAUUCAAAUCAAAAAAGAUUUUGGUGUUAUGAGUCGAAGAAAACUAUUAGAAGAAAAAUGGCAAAAAAGCCUCCGUGAAAAUGACAGUCUAAAGUCGCAGGAAUUUAGAGGUAUCGAAAUUAAAACAAGUGAGAUCAUAGAUGUUGGUGAUGCCACAAAAAGUUCUGCGAUAGAGAAGUUACCGCUUGGUGUCGAAGAAUUAAAGGGCAAUGCGAAGGUAUCAGCCUAUUUGUUUUCAAAGGGAAGGCAGGUUUAUGGUGAAGCAGAAACUGAGGAUAGUGUAUUAGAUACAACUAAUGAUUCUGAAGUUGGGAAGGGCAAAAAAACGCCUUUUAGAAGAUCUAGGUCGAGGCAGAGCAGAGAUGUGCCAAGAGUUAUAAUGAAACGACAGAAAUUAUCUGCCACACAGUUUGGCCACCAAGAAGACUCUGAAAUAUCUGGUACUGAGACGUUUACAGAGUCAGAAGAUGGAAGUGCCUUUGCAAUAACAGCAAGCCCAAGUGUAUCUCCUAGAGCUUCGUUUAGAUCUCAUUUGCGUGAAAAUGGCUUCGCGGUGGAAGAUGGGAGUACAUUUGCGGUGGCUGGCAGUCCACUGCCGCAUUCAAAGGAAUCUGAUUUAUCAGAAGCAGAAACCAUUCCAGAAUCAGAAGAUGGCAGUUUAUUUGCAUUGACCGGUAGUGUUAAGGGACAGGUCUCCGAGUCUGAACUGUCUAGCAGUGACACUGUUGUUGAAUCCGAAGACGGGUGUACUUUCGCUGUGACCGGGAAUCGAUCACGCCUAAUCAGUGAAGGAUCUUCGUUCGCCAUCAUUGGAAGUCCUAUUCCCAUUGUGUUGGAGGACGAUACCCUUUUUGCUAGGGAUCGCCAUCAGAACGGAAGCGCGUAUGCAAUUACAGGAAGAAAGAGUCGAUCAUCCGAAUCUACAGACGAAGACCUUGCAGCGAGGGAGCCACGCAGCAGGGAACUUGUGAAGAAGACAGGGGAUAAAAACAAAUCAAAGCUUGCGACUUUUGUAUAACCCUUAUUUGAAGGCAAUCUGUCUCGUUGUGGAUUGGUUAACGAGAACAAUAGCUGGAACAAUAGCCUAAACACGAUUCCAGCGCUCUGCCAUAUUUUUUACAAUGCGAUAAAUGAAAGGGGGACUGGAAACAAUAAAAAGUCCCUUUGUUCUUAUAAUCAAUCAACGUCGUGACAGAUUGCCUUUAAGAGUAAACAUUCUUCUGUAGGAAAACGUGAGUUAUAACAGCUUGUUAAUGAUAAGCCCGCUGAACUUCGAUCGGUAAAUAAUAGAUUUUUUGAUGUUUUCAUUCAAGUUGAAAAUCCAAAUGAUACUUUUAAAGUUGCCAUCUAAAAUUGAACAAACUGGGACAAACUACUUAGAAUACGUCUGGCCAAAAUGCAACAAAAACUCAUAUAGAAGAAUCCUUUUUCUUUAGACAUCUGAUCAAAUGAUUCAUCUCAAGUAAACAAGCGAACCAGUACAAAAAUAAAUGCUCUGAUCACACGUUUAUUUCAAGGUACGUUACUAUCUAUGCAGCCUAAAUUUCACCGUUUAAUCAGUGAUAGCCCGAAAUAGUUUGAACCCUGCUUUUUCAGAUAAAGCAUUUAAUCAGUGGAGUAAUUCCUUUUCUCGUAGUUUCAUAGCAAUAUUUCUUAAUUUGUAGCCUUUUUGUAAACUAGUUUGUUUGAUUUUUAGUUUACGUUUAUGUCUAUUAAAGAUAUAUUUUAUAGGGGGUAAGUCACCAUAAAAAAGCAGAAAUGUAUAAAGAUUGAUUUAUCGAAUUUAAUAAAUCAUUUGACCCACCAUAUAACAUAAAUAUUUUGUAUUUUAUUCGAAUUUUAUCAAAUUAUUUGGGGUUUGCAAAAGUUUGUUGAUCUUUAUUCGCAAAAAGAUAUUUUUUACAAAACAUGUA